AUGGCAACUCCUCAGAGGGAGCGAGCUGGCACAGCAAGUCCAGCGUCACGCACACCUCGAAACGAUCCUUCGAGCGCUAGAAAUAGUCACAAUUCUCCCUUUCGUCACAGUCCGCGUCGCUCUGAAAUAUUGGUCGACGAGUUAAGUGCCCUUCACAUCCGUGAAGAGCGUGCUUGGAGGCAACGACAGGAUGAAAGAGAUGCAGAACAGGAGCACCUUCAUCAGCAAGCCCUCGCGCAAGCCGCCGCCGAGCAUGAGCGUAUCUUGCGCAAUGCCAUCGAAGUCGCCGAGACGGAGGCGCUGAGGCAGGAACGCCAAAGGGUGCAGAAAGAAGAAGAGGAACACCGCGCUCUUGAAGCUGAACGCUCAGCCAAGAUUGCUAGAGAGGCUGCUGAAAGACGACGGAAAAAGGAGGAAUUGGUUCGACAAGAGCAGGAGCAGCAGAAACGCGAAGCCGAGGAAAGAGAGAUACGCGAAAAAGAAGCCCGCAUCGCAGAACAGAAGCAAAAGGAUGAAGCAGAUGCCUUGCGAAGAAAGCAGGAACAGGAGGCUUCAGAGCGCAAAUCGAAAGACGAAGCUGCCGCUGCUGCCGCUGCCACCGCGAAAGCUGCUGCUGAGCAGGCGCAACCAGCCCUAGUCCCUACAUCAGCAGCGACCAAUGGAGCACCUGCUCCGGCUCCAACUGGACCACAAACCGUCCCGACCUCGACCACGCAAGCUGGUACGGCGACUCCAGCACAGCCUGCUACUCAACCUUCUGCUCAGGCCAUCGCACCUUCUGCAGCCUCGGGUGCAGCGAAACCUGCAGCGACAGCAUCGCCACUCAAGUCUACACCAGCGCAUUUGCAAGCAGUACACAAUCAAUAUCUCGAGAUCCACAAGCGCCUGAAAGUAUUGAGGAAGGAUACCACAACACAAUGCAAACAAGCUGGGAUACCUAUUGGCGAUUACCGUCGUAAGCUCAUCGUGUUAAUGAAUCAGUUCACUGCCGAUAGGCCUCAUAACAGAACCAUGCUUAAAAAGGUACUCGAGAUUGUCAAUGACAUUCAAAAAUAUCCCGAACCGACAGUCGACAUUACCCCAUUCCUCGCCAUUCCAGCGGACAACGUGGAAAGACGCAUGCCGCUAUGCUUGGUCUACCUGAUGCACAUAAUCGCCAAGAACGCCAUCAGUUCAUUUUGCAGCCAGAACGAGACCCUCAUUGAUGCUACUGCAAUUCUCUUAGCCACGGUGUUCUCCAAGACUGAAUACUUGUUCAACGGCACCACUUCACUCCUUGAUAUUCUUCUGGCCAAAUAUCAUGUGGUCUGUCCGGUGCUUUUCGGCAUAUACGGCAAUGAGAAGACUCAUGAUGGCAGGAUUAGAAUAGGAUGGCAAUGUGACGGUGACGGAGAGUUCAUCGAUCUGGAGAUUCACAAGAACCGUAUGUCGGGUCUGGCUAUAGGGUACGGCUGUUUGUCCCUUCGAGACUUCAGCAAGUCGAAGAUGCAGAACCCCUUCCCCCCGCCGAAUUAUUGGAAAGCCUUGAGUCACAUCGCCAACACCCCGCCAGCACACCUACAGGCGACGCAUUUCAUGGUCCUCAGAGCACUGGUAGAGCCGCACGUGGAGAAGUUCCUCAAGUUCUAUGGACAAGCGGGUCUAGCGGCGUUGAGGCAGGUGUUGGUGCUGCUUCCGGCGAGUGCGCCUGAUAUCGCAGCCAAAGGAUUAGUCGAUGUACUUCCGCAAAGUCUGCUUCAGACCAAGCACUUGACGCUAUGA